AUGCAAAUCUUUGUCAAAACCCUCACUGGCAAGACCAUCACUCUUGAGGUUGAGUCCAGCGACACAAUCGACAAUGUCAAGAGCAAGAUUCAGGAUAAGGAAGGCAUCCCUCCUGAUCAGCAGCGCCUCAUCUUCGCUGGUAAACAGCUCGAAGAUGGCCGCACCUUGAGCGACUACAACAUUCAAAAAGAGUCAACCUUGCACCUGGUUCUCCGCCUUCGAGGUGGCAUGCAAAUUUUCGUCAAGACCCUCACCGGUAAAACCAUCACUCUCGAGGUGGAGUCCAGUGACACCAUCGACAAUGUCAAGAGCAAGAUUCAAGACAAGGAAGGCAUCCCUCCUGAUCAGCAGCGUCUUAUCUUUGCGGGCAAGCAACUUGAGGAUGGCCGCACCCUUUCCGACUACAACAUCCAGAAGGAAUCUACCCUCCACCUUGUCCUCCGUCUCCGUGGCGGUAUGCAGAUUUUCGUCAAGACCUUGACUGGCAAGACCAUCACGCUCGAAGUCGAAUCCUCAGAUACGAUCGACAACGUCAAGUCGAAGAUCCAAGAUAAGGAGGGCAUCCCACCUGACCAACAACGAUUGAUCUUCGCUGGCAAGCAGCUUGAAGAUGGCCGGACACUCUCAGACUACAAUAUUCAGAAGGAAUCCACCCUCCAUCUCGUGCUCAGACUUCGCGGUGGUAUGCAGAUCUUUGUCAAAACUCUGACCGGCAAGACGAUUACAUUGGAAGUCGAGAGCUCAGACACCAUUGACAAUGUCAAGUCGAAGAUCCAGGAUAAGGAGGGUAUCCCACCUGACCAACAGAGACUGAUCUUUGCCGGCAAGCAGCUUGAAGAUGGCCGGACGCUAUCCGACUACAACAUUCAGAAAGAGAGCACCCUGCACUUGGUGCUCAGACUGCGUGGUGGUCAGUAA